UUUCGUCCGUAACGCUUCGUGUACCGGAGAGUGCUGUCAAGAUGGUAGAAAAGGAACAAACAAACAAAGAUAUAAAGGAAUUAGCGAAAAAUGACAAGUACUCGAUUUUGCUACCGACGUACAACGAAAUCGAAAAUUUGCCCAUAAUUAUUUGGCUUAUCGUGAAGUACAUGGACGCGAGCGAACUUGAUUAUGAGAUAAUCGUGAUAGACGAUGGUUCUCCGGAUGGAACAUUGGCCAUGGCAGAGCAGCUGCAAAAUCUAUAUGGGAAAGAGAAAAUAUUGUUGAGGCCAAGGGAAAAGAAACUUGGACUGGGAACCGCGUACAUGCACGGGAUCAAACAUGCUACAGGGAAUUUUAUUGUUAUCAUGGAUGCUGAUCUAUCUCAUCAUCCAAAAUUCAUCCCCAAGAUGAUAGAGCAACAAAGAUACCUUGAUCUAGAUAUUGUCAGUGGUACAAGGUAUGCUCAAGGUGGUGGAGUUUAUGGUUGGGACUUCAAAAGAAAACUGAUAAGCAGAGGAGCAAAUUUCUUAACACAAAUUUUAUUGAGACCAGGUGCCAGUGAUCUUACAGGAAGCUUUAGAUUAUAUAAGAAAGAAGCACUGGAGAAGCUGAUACAGUCCUGUGUAUCAAAGGGAUAUGUUUUUCAGAUGGAAAUGAUUGUCAGGGCUAGGCAACUUAAAUAUACUAUAGGUGAAGUGCCAAUUUCGUUUGUAGAUCGUGUUUAUGGAGAAUCGAAAUUGGGGGGGUCUGAAAUCUUCCAGUUUGCAAAAGGUCUCCUGUAUCUUUUUGCCACUACAUAGGCUGAAUCACGAUCCAAGAUUUCCAAGAAACAUUCCCGAUA